AUGUUUUCUCAUAGACGUACAUUAGCCUCGGAAACUGGUGAAGUUAAAAAUCAUAAUCAAAAAUAUCCAUAUCGACUCAACUUCUAUAACAUUCCACCUAUAGAAGAAAUCACUACUGAAGAAUUUGAAACAUUCUCUCUAGAUAGAUUACAAGUCUUGAAAGCCAUUGAAAGUGCCAGUUUACGAACUAAAACUGAAUUGCAAGUUGCGGAUCAUAUACGGGAUGUAUCAAAUCAAUAUCUUCCUUUGCACUCAACCGAGGGAGGCAAGGGUUAUCCAUUAGAACAAGAACGACGCAAAGAUCAUAUAUCCCAUUUUAUUCUGAGAUUGGCUUACUGCAGAACAGAUGAACUUCGUAAAUGGUUUAUCAAAUAUGAAUGCGCUUUGUUCAGAAUUCGGUUUAUUGAGGAAAAUAAAGAAGAAAGACAAGCCUUUUUAAAUAACGAGAGACUAAAUUGGAAAGAUUUGACCCAAAAUGAGAAAGAAUCUAUGAGAAAUGAAUUAUCACUCGCAAAUCCUCACAUCAAAUUCGAUGAUGAAACUUUUUUUAUUGUGAAUUUCGAACAAGUUCCAGAUCUUGUCUCACGACGUGCUGUAUAUAUAAAAGCUGGAAAAGCUUACGUUCCAAUAUCUGAACAAGUUACUCUUGUCGUAGGGGAGUUUCGUAAAAAGCUUUAUACCGCUUUGGAUUUAGCAAGUAGGGCGUUUCCAAGCAUAGAUGAUGAAAGAAUUUUACCGCUUUUAAAUAAUAUAAAUCAGCAAUAUCUUGGUAAAACAUAUAUGAAUGGUAAUAAUGUUGUUGAUAAGGUAACAGCUGAUAAUGUUGAUCAGUUGGUUGGGCAUUUUCCAUUGUGUAUGCAGCAUUUGCAUCGGAAACUUCGCGAACUCCACCAUCUCAAGCAUUUUGCAAGAAUGCAAUACAAUUUAUUCUUGAAGGGAAUUGGCCUUACUGUCGAGGAAGCUCUUAUUUUUUGGAGAAAAUCAUUCUCAACCAUUACUGAUGAAAAAUUUCAGAAGGAUUAUGCUUACAACAUAAGGCACAAUUACGGGAUGGAAGGAAAACGCCAAGAUUAUUUACCAUUGAAUUGUCAUUCAAUAAUCACGAAUAAACAGCCAGGUCCCGGCGAUCAACAUGGAUGCCCAUUUAAACACUUUUCUGAGGACAAUUUGAGAGCUUUCAUGGCUCAAACUGGUGUAAGAAAAGACGAAAAUUUGAAAGAAAUUCUUGAUCUUGUCAGAGGUAAACAUUAUCAAGUCGCUUGUACUAAAUAUUUUGAAAUUACAAAAUGUUUGGAAGAUUCGAUUAGUAGAGAUAGCGGUGAAAGGCAUUUAAUGGAAACAAUCACGCAUCCAAAUAGUUACUUUGAACAGAGCGCGUUACAAUUGGAUUUAUCUUUAAAGUAA